AUGCAUCCCCCCAGACGGCGGCAGAGAAAGGACCUAGCCAGAGCCCGCCACGGCCGCGGGGCAGAGGUCCCAGCGGGCCAAGACCAGCAGCCACCGACCCCGCGAGGCACCGGCCAUCCCGGGCAGGGCCCAGGGCCACAUAAGCCCGAGAGCCACCCUCCCCCCCCCCCCACCCCAGAGCCUACUAAGAGCCCGGGUACACCAACAAGUUCUGAAAUGUCACCCAGAAACCAGACUAACGUGACAGCUGGGCUGCAGUAUGAGGGGCUGCUGGGGAUCCUGUUGUUGUCCAUUGUGACUACACUGCCGUGUUGUGUGUUUCUCUACAUUAACGGGACCAUGUUGUUCACUCUGAGGAGUAAAGCUGUGUUUCGUGAGACUCCCCGCUACAUCCUCUUGUAUAACCUCCUGUGUGCAGAAACUGUGCAGCUGCUUCUAAAUCAAUUAUUGUACCUGUUGGCUGUUUGUAGAAUAACACUGACGUAUCCCGUUUGUAGGUUUCUCACUGUGCUCGCUAACCUUACCAGCACGAUCUCUCCUCUCACGCUGAUGGUGAUGUCAGUGGACAGAUAUGUAGCUGUGUGUUACCCACUGAGACAUGUUCAUAUCAUCACCAUCAGAAACACGAGUGUGGCGAUCAUUUUGGUUUGGACCUUUUCCUUUCUGAAUGUUCUCAUACAUGUUUUUCUUCUGUUAGAGUUCCUUUCAGGAGAGCUGCAGACUCUGCAGAUGAAAGACUACUGUUCGAGCGUGACACUGAUUGUUGGACCGAUAUCUCAUGCUUAUAGCAAAGCCUUCCCGUGUUUUGUGUUCAUAUUGGCUGCUGUGGUGAUCGCUUCAUCUUAUAUCGGUGUUGCAGCAGCAGCCAGGUCGGCCUCUGCAGACAAAGCUUCGGGCCAUAAGGCUCGAAACACGCUGCUGCUGCAUCUGGUGCAGCUGGGCCUCAGCCUCUCCUCCACCGUCCAAAAGCCGCUGCUCACAGCUCUCCCGCAAAUUGUCACCAGGAUUGUACUUGUGCGCAUUCAGGCUGCUGUUUAUGUGUGUGUUGGUCUGUUUCCCAGAUGUCUGAGUUCGCUUAUCUAUGGCCUCAGAGAUCAGAGAAUCAGGCCCGUCCUCAUGUUUAACCUCUUCUGCCGUCUGAGACUCUCAGCUUAG